AUGGCAUCACCAGAGGCUGGAGUACGAUUAUCCAUAAACUUAAGAGAACGAUGCCGAAUGCAUGAUCUGAACGAAGCGCUGGACGAUCUUCGUGCCGUGUUACCGUAUGCUCGUGGGAACUCGGUGAGGAAACUGAGCAAGAUAGCCACACUGUUACUCGCAAAGAAUCACAUAAUUAUGCAGGCGAAGGCGAUCGAAGAACUUCGUCAGCUGGUCGUGUCAUUGCGGACACAGCUCGAAACGAAACAGCCACCGACCGAAGAAUAG